AUGAUACUAGAGUACAAUACUCCGCAAAGCCACAAUGAUGCUGAACGCCGCGACGAAAAUCGACGAGCUGCAAACCAGCGCCAAAGUAGAAAUACGCGCGCCAAGAUCGAGACGACGACGCCGAGAAGAACGCGCCUGCAUCACUCCCUCACCAAGAUGAUCUGCCUCCGCCGCCGAAACGGCAAGUCCGAUAAACAUCUCGGCAUCAAACCGGUCUCAAGCACGAGACCGAGAAAACGAACUACGAAUGGCUUGAUCCCGGCAUGGGUACGUAGGCAGCCUUUCCAAAGGGCACACGUCGACGUUCUGGCCAAACCUCUCGACAACACCGAUCUCGUCAUCACACGAGAUCGAGCGGUCUCGUCAUCACACGAGCCCGAGAAAACACCGAUCUUGUCAUCCAAGAUCGAGCGGUCUCGUCAUCACACGAGCCCGAUAAAACCGGUCUCGCCAAAGCGCAAUCCGAGAAAAACAUACGGACUGAUCAUCCAUGAGGAGUAA